UUCCCUUGAAUUGGUCGCACUUUACUAAAUACACUAAGCAAGACUUGUUUCUAUUAAAUUUAAGGCCAUACUCGACGUUGAGUGCAGUGAUGCCAUUUAAGAUACAUUAAACUCCGAAAAAGUGUGUGCCGACUUAACCGAACUUAAAAAGCUACUCAAAUAGUAUUACAAUUUUCGAUCCGCAAAACAAAGGACCAGUUGUAAAUUUCCCGGAAUAAUGGAUCGCUUAGAGUCUACUUUAGAGACACUCGGCACAACCAAUGCCCCAUCGACGACGACAGCACAUCCCAUGAAUGUAGCGGAACUCAGCUCAUCUUUGCAACAUUUCGGCUUGGUGGAUUAUUUGGUAUUUGUGCUUAUGUUGGCGGCUUGUGCGGUAAUUGGAUUUUAUUUCGGAUUUAUCGAGAAGAAAAAGAAAAGUGGCGCGGAGCAGCGCAGAGGAUCGGAGGCAUUGGACUACUUGGUGGGUGGAAGAAAAAUGAAGGUGCUUCCGGUGGCGUUGUCGCUUGUCGCCAGCUUUGUAUCGGGCAUUUCACUGCUGGGCACAUCCACCGAAAUUUACGUCUAUGGUACUCAAUAUGCUUUUAUUCUCAUCACUUUGGUGAUUUCCGGAAUCAUAUCGUGGUACGUCUUCCUGCCGGUAUUUUGUAAUCUGCAACUAACUUCCACAUACGAGUAUUUGGAAAUGCGCUUUGAUCGAAGAAAUCGUUUGUUUGGCUCCGUGCUUUUUAGUAUUGGAACGAUAUUCUGGUUGCCUAUUGUGAUAUAUGUUCCUGCAUUGGCUUUCAAUCAAGUUACCGGCAUUAAUAUCCAUAUUGUUACACCUGUAGUGUGCAUCGUUUGUAUAUUUUACACAUGCGUGGGUGGACUAAAAGCUGUAGUGUGGACCGAUGUUCUUCAAACGGUAAUAAUGGUGGGAUCCAUAGUGCUGGUCAUCAUAAAGGGCACUAUAGACGUUGGAGGAUUAACUGUAGUUUGGGAGCGAAACUUAAAAGGAAGUCGCCUUGAACUUCCUGAAAUGACUUGGGAUCCUUCAGUUCGUGUAUCCAUGCUGUCGGUCCUUCUAGGAGCUACGUUGUUUUAUGUUCAAGUUACGGCGGGAAAUCAAGUAAUUAUGCAGCGAUACCUCUCUCUUCCCGGAAUGAAGGAAGUUAAAGGAGCUUUACUUUGGUUCACCAUUGGUAUAAUUGCACUUAUGGGCGCUUGUUUUUACAAUGGAUUAUUACUCUAUGCUACUUACCACGAUUGUGAUCCACUAAGUACAAAGUUAGCAAAAGUGAAGGAUCAGUUGGUGCCACUUCUGGUGAUGGAUAUCCUGGGUGUAUUUCCUGGAAUGCCAGGAUUGUUCGUUGCAGGAGUUUUCAGUGCGGCGCUCAGUUCACUAUCGACUGGCCUAAACUCUUUGGCUGCUGUCAUUCUCGAGGAUUACAUUAAGCCUUUGGGAAAAACUCCGCUUAGUGAGCGCCAAACUGCAUUUGUCAUGCGGUUGUCUGUGAUUUUGAUGGGAGCCCUCUGUGUGGCAUUAGUAUUUGUCGUUGAGCGAAUGGGAACGGUUCUACAAUUAUCAAUGACUCUCGGAUCUAUAACUAGCGGCCCCUUACUUGGCCUUUUUCUCAUUGGGGUCCUGAUACCUUGGAUUAAUGGAAAGAGUGCAUUGGCAGGAGGCAUUGCGUCAACAUGUGUUGUUGCUUGGAUCUGCAUCCGGGCGCAGUUAGCAAUUUCCGAAGGAGAGAUACAUUACGACGAAAAACCUGUUAGCACUUAUGGUUGUAAAUAUUUUUUCGAAAACUUCACAACACCUAUAAAGUCAAUUGAAAACAGGCAAGUGCUUUUAACUCUUAAGGACACUUAUUGAUGUUAAAAUAUAUAUAUAUUUUUUUCAGCCCCAAGAAGCCUUUGCAGUAUAUCUACCAUAUGACAUUUAUGCUCUAUGUUGCGGUAGGUACUUUCUUAACGGUGAUAUUUGCUGGCUUGCUGACACCCUUUUUAGGACAUAAUGAUCCUAGGAAUAUGAAUAUUGAGCUUUUCUCACCCUUUGUCGGAAAAAUUCUAAGCAGCUCUGGUUAUCUGAAGGUGCGGCAACCGAAUUUAUAGAUUCCUGUAAACGCCUUGAAAACUAAUGAUUGUCUUACGAACUAGAAAUGUUAAAGCGAUUUCUGUGUUGUAUUGAAAGUAGGAUUAAGAAAUA